AUGGAUGAAGUAUUAACGUUGCAAAGAGAAAAGUUUUACGCCUGCCACAGUUUCAAGAAACAACCAACAAUGCAGGACGUUGAGAUCGUGUACACGUGGGAGAUGGAUUUCAAUAGGAGCACGCUCGGCGUAUCCACUUUGCUUGUGCCCAAAACGCCCACACCGACUACUUCAAACUCUGUGACAAUGCCACAAUGGGCGCACAACUCCUGGGUGUGUCUUUUCGCAGCCAUGCUGGCGGUCGCGAUCGGCGGUAACGCCAUUGUCAUCUGGAUUGUAACAGCUCAUCGAAGAAUGCGAACAGUAACAAACUACUUUCUGGUUAAUCUGUCAUUCGCCGACUUAAUGAUGGCGUCCCUCAAUUGUCUCUUCAACUUUAUCUACAUGUUGCAUAGUGACUGGGUGUUUGGAGUGCGGUAUUGUCAAUUGAGCAAUUUCAUUGCCAACGUGACUGUUGCUGCCAGCGUUUUCACGCUGACGGGUAUCUCCUUCGAUAGGUAUCAAGCAAUUGUUAGGCCAAUGCGACCUAGAAUGUCCAAAACCUGUUCCCUCGUAAUGAUCGCCGGAAUUUGGAUAAGUGGAAUGCUUCUGGCCGUACCAUGUCUGCUCUAUUCUACAACAAAGGAAUACCGGUCGAAAGGCACUUUAAAAACCGCCUGUUUGCUGUCCUGGCCUGAUGGCUUACCCGAUGUUUCGUAUAUGGAUUUUGUGUAUCAAGUUCUCUUUUUUGUGGUAACAUAUGCGGUACCGAUGGUGGGAAUGACAUUUUUCUAUUCGGCCAUGGGUCGAGUUUUGUGGGGAUCACGUUCCAUCGGAGAGCUCACUCAACGCCAAGUGGAUUCUAUUCGUUCGAAGCGAAAGGUCGUGAAAAUGUUCAUUUUAGUGAUCGUCAUUUUCGGAAUCUGCUGGCUGCCGUAUCACUCUUACUUUAUCUACACUCACUUCUAUCCCUCCAUUUUGUACAUGAAGUACGUCCAACACGUUUACCUCGGAUUCUACUGGCUUGCCAUGGCGAAUGCUAUGGUCAAUCCCAUAAUUUAUUAUUGGAUGAACGCCAAGUUCCGUUCGUAUUUCCGAACGGCAAUACUAUGCCGUUGGCGAGAUACGUGCUUCCGCCGGAAACGUCCUUUGCCAGAGUCACCGCCGGACUGCAUAUCGCACUCCGGGAGUCGAUCCCGAUCAGGUAUAGAGGAACGCAACGAUUCAAGAGGAAGUGUGGCAGGCGGAUGGCCGCGCCGGCCGUAUCUGGACCUCCACCCGCCAAGGUUGCAGAAACCGAGUUCGCUUGCUAGCUGCCCCAAGUGCCCCAACAGCACAUACUACGACGCAUACAUCCACGGCCGAAAAGUG